UGAUCAGCUGUGUCCAAUCACAGCUGAUCACAUGGCACUGAUGAUCAGUGUGCCCUGAUGAUCAGUGUGCCCUGAUGAUCAGUGUAGCCCCAUCAGUGUCACCUGUCAGUGUCCAUCAAUGCCACCUGCCAGUGCCCAUCAGUACCACAUCAAUGCCACAUAUCACUGCCUACCAGUGCACAUCAAUACCACAUAUCAGUGCCCAUCUGAGCUGCCAUUCACUGCCACCUAUCAGUGCGCAUCAGUGCCACCUAUCAGUGCUAGUCAGUGCUGCCAAUCAGUGCCAUCUAUCAGUGCCAGUCAGUGCUGCCUAUCAGUGCCAGUCAGUGCUGCCUAUCAGUGCUGCCUAUCCAUGUCUUUCAGUGCCGCCUAACAGUGCCAGUCAGUGCCACCUAACAGUGUCAGUCAGUGCCGCCUAUCAGUGCCAUCUACCAGUG